AGAGUGCAGUUGAGAGUGAGAAUCGAUGACGUGUGGUACGAUCUCUCGAGGUGGAGGAAGGCCCAUCCUGCGGGGACUCACUGGAUCGACCUGUACAGAGAUCAGGAUGCAACGGAAGUCAUGUACGGGUUUCACUCCGACAAGGGGAUGGAAAUGCUGAAGAGAUUGCCUAAAGCGAAGACAGUUCCUGAAGGAGUCAAGGAGCCAAGCUCAGCUACGAUGAACUUUAGAAAGUUCAGGAAGCAGCUUGUUGACGACGGGUGGUUCGAGAGGGACUGGGCACAUGAGGCCUUCAACUUGGGUUCUUGGGCUUUUGCCGCUGCCAUGGUACGAUGCCCUUACACACUCAAAAGAUGCAUUCCAGUUACACUGUCGCAGGUCCUUGGUGUCUCCAAUACCAUUGCUGGAUGGCUUUCACACGACUACGUCCAUGGAAGAGGAAAGUUUGCGGAUUUCAUGCGCCCAUUUGGCUACCUCUGCGGUGGAAUGGGUCCUACGUGGUGGAGCGACAAGCACAACCUUCACCAUGCCAGAACUAAUGAAGUGGGCAUUGACGAGGACAUUGCAACUGAUCCCGCUCUCUACAUCUGGGCUCCGGAUCCCAAGAACGAUGCGCCAUGGCGCAAGUAUCAGGGUCUUUACCUCCCUCUCCCCAUGUCUCUCCUCUUCUUUAUCUGGAGGUUCGACUCAAUCAAGGUCGCUGUUGAGCGCAAGCUUUGGAAGGAGCUCGUUGGUCUUGCCUGCCAUUAUGCUUUCAUGCUUUACUGGGUCCCAGCUGGCACCUUUGUAGGAGCUCUCUUCUUGUCGGGAUUUAUGACAGCCAUCAUCACCACUGUCACUCAUCAGUCUGAGGAACUCUUCUUUGACGAGAAUCCUGAGUUUGUAGAGGGACAGUUCCGUUCCACUAGGGAUGCUGUUUGUUCCAAUCCGUUCUCGGAAUGGCUCUGGGGAGGAAUGCAGUACCAGCUGGAGCACCACCUUUUCCCAACUAUGCCCAGAUACCGAUAUCCCGCAUUGGUUCCUCAUGUCAAGAAAUUUGCGGAGGAGAACGGCUUGGAGUUCAGGAUCACUCCGGAGUUUGAGCUCCUCAAGAUGAAUUGGAAGCUUUACAGCGACAUCGCCAAGCUCCCUGCCGAACCAGGUCAGCCGUCAUCUUAA